UUUCUUCACACUAAAGUCGGAGCGCAUUCGGAUUGGCUGAAGCGCCGGCGGCUCGCGCGGGGUUCGUGCGCCUCUUCAACUCUCCAUCAGAAGGCGGGGAGCGCGUGCUGGAGCAACUUCACUGACAGACGCCGAUCCUGAACAUGAACUCACCUCAGGAGAGCUGAUUUACCUGUUUACAGCCGAUCCACGGCGUUUCACGAAGCCUUGAGAGAAAAACUGCUCGGAGGGAAAGAAACACAGGAUAUUUAAUCCCAAACAUUUGUGUUUGACGGGCGUUGGUGGCCGCUGUCUGUCAGAAGAGUGCGCUGAGGUAAAAAAACCCCAACGGAUUCGACAUUUCAUUCAACAUUUCUGCGAAUUAUAAUCUCUCCGCGAGUCUUCGACUCCACUGGUUUUACUACAAACAACAUCUCCAGAGGUUCCUCUGAUUAUUAUUUCACCUAAUCGGCGGAUUUUGCCUGGUUUCGACUGUUUAUAUGAUGGGAAGAAGUAAAAAGACUGCGAAAAGAGAACGAGGCGGAUCGGGAUUCUUACCGCAGAUGAUCACUGUGUUCAUUUUCACUAUUUUAUCCCUUAUCAACAUCGGUGCGGCUCAAGAUGACGACUAUCUGGGAUUGGGCGAACUCCCGGAGACGUUCCCCUCGGACCCGCCCGAGCCGCUCCCGCACUUUCUGAUGGAGCCAGAGGAGGCGUACAUCGUCAAGAACAAGCCCGUCAACCUGUACUGCAAGGCCACGCCGGCCACGCAGAUCUACUUCAAGUGCAACAGCGAAUGGGUCCAUCAGAAGGAGCACACGGUGGAGGAGCGCGUGGACGAGACAUCGGGUCUGGUGGUGCGGGAGGCCAGUAUCGAGAUCACCCGUCAGCAGGUGGAGGAGCUCUUCGGUCUGGAGGAUUUCUGGUGUCAGUGUGUGGCCUGGAGCUCGGCAGGAACCACCAAGAGCCGUAAGGCCCACGUCCGCAUCGCCUAUCUCAGGAAAACAUUUGACCAGGAGCCUCUGGGGAAGGAAGUUUCGCUCGAACAGGAAGUGCUUCUCCAGUGCCGCCCGCCAGAAGGAAUACCUGCUGCUGAGGUGGAGUGGCUGAAGAACGAGGAAAUCAUCGACCCCGCCGACGACAGGAACUUCUACAUCACCAUCGACCACAACCUGAUCAUCAAACAGGCCCGUCUGUCCGACACCGCCAACUACACCUGCGUCGCCAAGAACAUCGUGGCCAAACGCCGGAGCACCACGGCCACCGUCAUCGUCUACGUGAACGGCGGCUGGUCGACGUGGACGGAGUGGUCGGUGUGCAGCAGCCGCUGUGGGCGGGGCUAUCAGAAGAGGACGCGCAGCUGCACCAAUCCCGCGCCUCUGAACGGAGGAGCCAUCUGUGAGGGUCAAGCCAUCCAGAAACUGGCCUGUAACCCGCUGUGUCCAGUGGACGGCCUGUGGACAGAGUGGAGCAAGUGGUCGACGUGUGGGACGGAGUGCACUCACUGGAGACGGCGCGAGUGCAGCGCUCCGGCCCCCAAAAAUGGCGGCAAGGACUGUGAAGGAACGGUGCUGCAGUCCAAGAACUGUACAGACGGGCUCUGUAUGCAGAGUUCCUUAUAUCAGAAGUCCUCCGAACCCACAGACAAGAGCAAUGCUCUGCCACAUCCAUCGGCGCCCAGCACGGACGACGUGGCUCUGUACGUGGGCAUCGUCAUCGCCGUCAUCAUGUGUUUGGUCAUUUCCGUCAUCGUGGCGUUGUUCGUCUACCGGAAGAACCACCGAGACUUCGACUCGGACAUCAUGGAUUCGUCGGCGCUCAACGGAGGAUUCCAGCCGGUCAACAUCAAGACGGCGCGCACAGCGGAUCUGCUGACGGCUCCUCCAGACUUGACAUCAGCUGCUGCCAUGUACCGAGGUCCCGUUUACGCCCUCCACGACGUUGCCGACAAGAUCCCCAUGACCAACUCUCCUCUGCUGGACCCGCUGCCCAACCUGAAGAUCAAGGUGUACAACUCAUCCGGUCUGGUGACGCCGCAGGAGGACCUGUCCGACAUCUCGUCCAAACUCUCGCCCAAACUCCCGCACGCGCUGAUCGACAGCGACACCAUCAGCCGCCGCACGCAGACGCUGGUGCGCUCGUGGGACCCCUCGUGCACGGCCUUCGGCUCCUUCAACGCCCUCGGAGGCCAUCUGAUUGUGCCAAACUCAGGAGUGAGCUUGUUGGUGCCAGCGGGUGCCAUCCCUCAGGGUCGAGUCUAUGAGAUGUACGUGACGGUUCACAGGAAGGAGAGCAUGAGGCCGCAGGUGGACGACACGCAGGAGACGGUCCUGAGUCCGGUGGUGAGCUGCGGCCCUCCUGGAGCUCUCCUGACGCGGCCCGUCAUCAUCACCAUGCACCACUGCGCCGAAGCCGACAGCGAGGACUGGCUCAUUCAGCUCAAGAGCCAAUCACAGCAGGGCCAAUGGGAGGACGUGGUGGUGGUGGGCGAGGAGAACUUCACCACUCCCUGCUACAUUCAGAUGGACGAGGAGGCGUGUCACAUCCUGACGGAGACGCUGGGCACGUACUGUCUGGUGGGUCAGUCCGUCAGCGCCGCCGCCACCAAGAGACUCAAGCUGGCCAUCUUCGGCCCCGUCAGCUGCACCGUCCUGGAGUACAACAUCAGAGUUUACUGCCUGGACGACACGCAGGACGCGCUCAAGGAGGUGCUUCAGAUGGAGAAGCAGAUGGGCGGGAAGCUGCUGGACGAACCCAAGUCUCUGAACUUCAAGGACAGCACCCACAACCUGCGCCUGUCGCUGCAUGACGUCCCGCACACCCUCUGGAAGAGCAAACUCAUCGCCAAAUACCAGGAGCUGGCGUUCCAGCAGGUGUGGAGCGGCUCUCAGCGAAACCUGCACUGCACCUUCACUCUGGAGCGAUUCAGCGCCGCCACACUCGAGCUCUCCUGCAAGCUGUGUGUGAGACAGGUGGAGGGAGAAGGACAGAUAUUCCAGCUCAACACCACGCUGUCGGAGGACUCUCAGUGCAUCGACACAUCUCUUCUGGAUCCGGCGAGUAACAUCACCACACUGGUGGGUCCGAACGCCUUCCGGAUCCCGCUGUCCAUCCGGCAGAAGCUGUGCGGGAGUCUGGACGCACCGCAGACCCGUGGAAACGACUGGAGGAUGCUGGCGCACAAACUCAACCUGGACAGGUAUCUCAACUACUUCGCCACCAAGUCGAGUCCGACGGGCGUGAUCCUGGACCUGUGGGAGGCGCAGCACUUCCCCGACGGCAAUCUGAACCGGCUGGCGGCCGUGCUGGAGGAGAUGGGUCGUCACGAGAACAUCAUGUCGGCCGAGCACUGACACCCGUCCACGGCGCCGGGCGCGGGAGGACGUUCCCAGGAGUCCCAGCGGGCGGCCGAGAUCGCCGCCGGAUCACUGUGAGCGCGGCAGACCCGCUCCAAACAGAGGAAGAAGAAGCCGCCUAUAUGGUUCCUGCCACAGCCGUUUGCUUUUCUACCCGUCCAAUCAGUUUCUUAGGAAACGCGACUUGUGCUGUCCAAAUACUGGACCUCCGGCUUCUGUCCUGGACGUCACGUGACUCACAUCUGUCACGGCGGAUCGGUUCGUCCCCUGAAAACAUGUGGAGGUACCUUCCCAUGAAUACGUGUUGAGAAAUGCCUUUAUUUAUACUCUGUUCCUUUGGUUUUCUCUCUGGUUUUGCGUCUUAUUGCUUUAUUGCGCCACCUGGUGGACAGAGCCUGUAACUACACGUCCGUCCAGCCUCCUGUGUGUGUAUAUAUAUACAGCAAACACAUCUGAACUGUAAAGCUUAACAGUGUUAUUCUUCUGUUUUAUUUUGAUUAUUAAUAGUUUUGUUGCAUAUUGAUCUGUAUCUAAUUGAAAUGUAGAAGAAAAAGGAAACAAAUGAACAUCUUUGAGCAUCGAUUGCGCCAAAAACGUGAGGUGAAUGGCUGGACGCGUUUCAGGAAUAAACUUUAGUGGCCAGAAUUCACAGACAUUCGUCUCAGAUUUAGUCGACGGCGAAUCGUUGCGACAUUAACGGACGGACAGCGGCGGAUCGGAGGACGUUCGCGAGAUCGUACGAGUGAGUGAUUGAUUGAUUGAUUGAUUGAUUGAGGAUCGGAUGGAUGCAUGCGGUAAAAUACAAAGUGUACAGAGACCAACUAAACUAAUAGCCAUUUGAGUGUGUUUGUACUUUUGCGUUCUCCUUCAUUCUCUCUUGUACGAGUUGUCCAGAUUUCUAAAGCUGUCUAUGCAAAAUCUGCAUCCUUUAUAAAGCAAAAUAUACAUGCUAAAAAAAACGCUAGCAGUCGCUUUCCAUAGUUAUCAUACGAUUAUUAUAUUUAUAGUGAGGAUGUUACUUAUUCUUUUAUGGCACGUUCAUGACGUAAUUUGCGAACGCUUGCAUCUCCUCUGUGAAGUUUCUGUACAAAAUGUAAGAAAGAAUUUUUAAACAAGUAAUAAAUUAUAUUUAUAUGCAACACUGAA